AUGCAGAGCUCCAAACCCCCUCUCUACAAAGUUGUGCCUGCUGAGGACGCACAGCAGCCUCUUGAGCAAGACUCCUCGGUAACUCAGCUCCAACCGAAUCGUCUUGACAACUCUUGGUUCACGACUGGCCUCCGCCUUCUCUUGGACCUCUUGGUCGCGUCUAUUUCUCUCCUCUUUGCGAUUUUUGGGUUCUUUGUCUACCGUUCCCAUGGCAAGCCCGCCGGCCCGGACUCUACUGGCCUCUUUAUUAUCUGUCUAUGCGCUCAAGGCAUCUCUCAAGCUUCCACAGAAGUCGCAUUCCCUGCUGUUUCUUCCAUGAUGGCGGCCUUGCUACUCAGCGGUCGUAACCAAGAUCUUUGGGGCAACAUUCGCUUCCCUGCUAUUGAGCCACUGGAGAAAGAUGGUGGCAAAGGCUGGCUCAAGACAACUGGAAUUACUAACCCAACCUAUGCGUCUCUUGUUGGAACGCCUAUCGACAACUUGCCCACAUCAGGGAAUACCUCUUUCAUUCUUCCAGGUUCUUAUCUGUUCAUCUCGUGCUCGAGUUUGGAGCGCUCUGAUCAAUCAGAUUAUUCCAACUUCAACGCCUCAGCCGGUCCUGUUCCCGACAGGGGUAAUGACUGCGACUGGUUUAGUAGAAAGGGAGGAACUCAAUACCAGAUAGCCAUUUCUCGGCCAUGCCCUAAUGUCGAGCGGAUGGCCCCUGGUGUAACUCGCCAUGCCCGGAAACUGAUAUGGGAAUCUCGAUGGGACGCAGAUGGUGAUUUGUUUACCAGAGCUGAGCGCAGCCUCACUACAACCUUUGUCGACGUCAAUGUAUCCUGCACAGGGAGCUCAUCUGGGAACAUCUGUAAUCCGUCCGCCGUCCGCCACUCCCUCAAGCCUACUUUUCAUUACAACUAUACCGUCUUCGAUAUGGACUUCGUAUUCGAUGCUCAAGGUUUUCUCAUACUUUUGACUGGUCUGUUCCCUCUUGCUCAGACCUCGGGCGGAAAACAGCCGAUUCUGAGUUAUCUCACCACGCCAUACCAGAUUCUUGGUCGCCCGUUGGAUGACAUUCCUUUACACACUGUUGGGAUUAAUGUGUUUGGGAUGCGUCUGUCACAGAUUUUCAACACGAUCCUCUACAUAGGUAUCAAUCCAGCGGGCUUCACUGGGAGGUUCAACACCUCGGCACUGGACAUGCUGCUAACAUCGUCUAUCAACAUAACUGCAACCAACACUCUCAAAGAAGAUGUUAUCCACUGUAACAAGAAAUGGCUCGCAGUCCUGCUUCUGGCAUCCUUCACCGCCUUCUUCUUUGUACUUGUUGGUGCGUUUCUACGUGUCAUCAGUCUUGCCCCAGACGUUCUGGGAUCUUCAACUCUGGCCCUUCUCCAUAACAAAGUUGAGGGGAUAACUGGGCUCUCAACUUGGUCUUCAGAAACAUGGGCAAGAAAUUUGAAGGAUUUGAGAUUGUUCUUUGGAGAUGUCGAGCCACAAGCUCAAGUUGGUCGUAUUGCUCUGACCACCAACGCACAAGAGACAGUCGUCAACCCGGUCAACAAGGAUAGAUACUAUAUCUAA